UUUCCUCGGAGAGGUAACAUUUAACGUUUAGCCAGUGCCUGCUGGAGGCUAAGAAUCUCAGCACCACUAUCAACGAUGCGAAAAGCAUCUCAAUUGUUGCGGUUGUUUCUCCUUUUUCUGUCUCUGCGUUGUUCAAAUGGUGCUCCAGUAGAUGAAAAGGAGAAACAAUUUGCCCUGGAUUUUCUGAAGAAGUAUCAUUACCUGUCCCCCUUAAAAAAUGGAAACCAUAACUUCAAGGACGCCGUGAGAAUAUUCCAGGAAUUUGUGAAUAUUCCAAACACAGGUCAGCUGGAUAGAAAAACAAUAGCCGAGAUGCACAAGCCAAGAUGCGGUGUCCCGGAUUUUGACGACGAUGACAAACCCAGUCCGGGGCGGGUUAAAAGGUUUUCUGUCUCCGGAUAUCGUUGGGAAACUAUGCAUCUCACUUACAGAAUCCAUAACUUCGCAUCAAAUGGUGGGUUGACUGUAAGUCAACAGCGAGGUAUCAUACGGAGAGCUUUUAAGGCAUGGGAAAAAAUUGGUCCAGUUUCAUUCAGUGAGGUCAAUAACUCCAGCUCAAACGCGAACAUCAGUAUAUCAUUUGUUGCAAGGGUUCACGCCAGCUGUUGCUGCAAAUUUGAUGGUACGGGUGGAAGCAUUGCUCAUGCAUUCUAUCCGAAAUCCGGCGCUCUUCACUUUGACGACGAUGAACAAUACACCAACAGUAACACGACUGGAUACAAUCUGUUCUCAAUUGCUCUUCACGAGAUUGGACACCUCUUGGGGUUGAAGCACUCUAACGAUCCUAAAGCUGUUAUGUAUAUGGAGUAUAAAAACAACCAAAAUCUCACGGACGAGGAAAGACAUGGAAUUGGGUAUAUCUACAUGCAGGGAACUGCUCAACCAGACUCCACUGAGCCCCCAGGGAACUGCGCUGAUGACGUGCCUUCAUGCCAGGAUUAUGUUGACGAAUGCACGGGUAACCAUUUUGUGAGGAAGAGUUGCCGUAAAUCAUGUGGAAUUUGCGGUGGUCACAGCGUCGUUAAAUUACCCUGCGUUGAUAAGUAUACGUCGACUUCGUGCAAAAUGCUCAAAGGAUAUAACUACUGCAGUAAUUAUAAGGCCUUCAUGACCGAUAAAUGCAAAAAGACGUGUGGACUUUGUGCUGCUGGAUAACUUAUCAUUGGCCCUGGACCGGACAUCGUUUUGACGAGAGGAGUAAAAACUGCUUGGUAGAAAAUCACAAACUUAGAGAGAUUACUCAGUUACUUAAACUGUCUGAAAUAUAUGAGAAAAAACAUACACAAUAAUAAAAGUAACUCGGUAAUUUAUAUAGAAAAUUAAUUGACAUGGCAUAGUAUGUAUAAAACUAAUGCCGUUUGAUUGUAACUGAGUUGUAGAAAUUUGGUAGAAAAAUAAAGUUAA